CUCGACGCCAUAUGAACAUUCACCCGCGAUGAGUCCGAAUUCGCAAUCACCCGCUUCCUCAACCUCAUCACGGUCAUCGCGUCCGUCUACUUCAAGUGUAUCGUCUGAGAUUGAGAUGCCCGACAAUUCAAUCGGCAGUCUGCGGUCACAACCGGGGCGGAUGACGCCAAAGGCCUACAACCCCAGCCAACCUAUCGACCAACGCCGUGAGCUGCGUCGGAAAUACCGCGAGCUCACGCGCGAGACGCAUGAGGACAGACACACGUUUCUGACUGCUUCUCAUGUUGGCACGCAGCUCUUGAAGCGCAAUUUUGAGAAAACAAACGCGCUCUACGAACAGGUCCAGAAUCCCCAGGAGGCGGCGCAGGACUCGCGUCUUUACGCCCUCAACACCGAGAUUUUCUAUGAACGGACAAAGAAGCUGAAGAUGGGCGCGACGGUUGAGCUGGACCCGGAAGAGUUUGUGAGCCAUAUGGCUUUAUUCGUGUACGGUGAUCGUCUGCAGAACGGUGCCGAUGCGGACGACGACGAUACGGGGUUCGAAGACGACGACUAUCAAGGCUGGGCGAGACUAGGAGACCUGAGCGCCUCGUUUUCGAUCCGGCCUGCUGUUCACGAGUUUCUUGCAUCGCACGCCGAACCUAAGGCGCGACGGAACGUGGGCACGCGGUCGACGCAAGGCAGCCAGUUCACCGCUGCCGUCACGCGUCCACAAGAGCUUACGCAGAACGAUAUAGUCCAGAACGAUAAUGGUACGAACCAAGCCGUUCUUUCGGUGAUGAGGAUCAUUAAACAACUCGACGAGCCGACCUCACUGAUCCGUUUGGCCUUCAACCCUCUAUCAUACUCACAAACCGUUGAGAAUUUAUUCAAUAUCGCGUUCCUUGUGCGAGAUCAGAAGAUUCAGCUGUACGAGGACGAGGACGGCGACCUGAUUGUUCAAGACGUGGAUCUCAUCAACGCGGAUACAAAGGAAGGACGCCGCUUGCUUGAGGACUCGCUUGCGACAUCAAAACAGUUUAUAUUCGAAUUAGACCUCAACACCUGGAAAGAUCUGAUCGACGCGUAUCAAAUCGGAGAGCCGCUGAUUCCAACUCGCGCGCCUACGGUACCUGCCGUAUCUAAUGGGACUAACUCAUGGUAUGGCUGAGCUCAGCAAUAUGACAAGGAGCUCUUACUUGUGGUUGCGAGCGUGUAUAUUAGAUAUUGACCAUUUGUAUUUUUAUUUUUAUGUUUUUGUUGCUGAAGAUUUGCUUUCGGAUUUGCAGUGGGGUUUCUUUUAUUCCCGGUUUCUAUCAUCUAAUUUAGAAUAUCUAUUCAUCGCUUCGAGUGCUCUGCGUGGAAACUCCACAGCAAGCGGUCACGUGUGGCAGUUGAAGCUUCCUAAUGACUCCAGUAAAGAAUAUACGUACUUAACAGGA